AGGAAGAGAUCACCACAAACACAGGUGCAGGAGCCCUCAUGGAGCCCCCAGGCAAGCAGCACUUGCAGCAACCCCCCUCAGAAGAGGCCCUGCCUGAGCACUCAGGCCUUGAGGCGGCUCCCAGCACACAUAUUCUCUAUGUGGGACACCUGAACCCCCAGUUCUCAGUGCCCGUGCUUGCCUGCCUGCUGCGAGACACUCUGGAGCGGCUGGAGCUGCCGGUGGCGCGGGAGCACAUUGAGGUGGUGAGGCGGCCACGGAAGGCCUAUGCACUGGUGCAAGUGGCCACCCAUGAGGACACCCUGGCCUCCCUCCCCAGGCGCCUGCAAGCAGCCUUGGCAGAGCACCAGAUCCUCAAGGAGCUGGUGGCCUGCGGGAAGGAGCUGGUGUUGGGUAAGGGCCGAGGGCCCUCAACCCACAAAGAGGUAAGUGAGGAGCAGGAGGAGGACGGUGGCCCGAGCCCUGGCCCCAGCCCAGGCUCCAGCUUCCCACCAGCCCGGCUCACUGACACCCCUCCCACCCGGGCCCUGGCCCAGCGGUGGCGGAGUUCCUGGGGCCGGCCCAGUGGUGCACGCUCCGACAGCGCCAUCGUGCACCAGGAGAUCCUGGGCCAGGAGCGGCUCUUCCAGGGCGCCUUCCUGGGCAGCGAGACGCGCAAUGUGGAGUUUAAGCGGGGCGGUGGCGAGUACCUGAGCCUGGCCUUCAAGCACCACCUGCGGCGCUACGUGUGCGCCUUCCUUAACAGCGAGGGCGGCAGCCUGUUCGUGGGCGUGGAGGACAGCGGCCUGGUGCAGGGCAUCCGCUGCAGCCACCAUGAUGAGGACCGCGUGCGCCUGCUGGUGGACUCCAUCCUGCAGGGCUUCAAGCCCCAGGUCUUCCCCCACGCCUACACACUCACCUUCAUCCCCGUGGUCAGCACCUCUGCCUCCAGCACCCCCCUCAAGGUGAUCCGCCUGAGCGUGCACGCCCCCAAGGCCCAGGCCGAGCUGCAGCUUUAUGAGACAGACCAGGGGGAGGUUUUCCUGCGGCGGGACGGGAGCACCCAGGGCCCACUGUCCGUCUGUGCCAUCCAGGAGUGGUGCAGGCAGAAGUGGAUGGCAGAGCUGAGCAAGCUGGAAGAGAGGGUGAAGGUGUUGACGGUGGAGAAGGAGCAGCUCCAGCAGGAGCUGCAGCGGCACAGGCCUGUCUCCUGCACCUGCUGCGUCCUGUGAGGGCCCCAGCGGGCAGGCGAGGGUGGGGCGGGGGAGCCCAUGCUUAGCCUGGGAGAUGCAGCGGUUUCCUAGUUGAGCCGAAGUCCUCCCAAUAAAACCCGUCUGGGCUGCUCAGAGGUGGAUGGGAAUGCUCGCCACGCUUCCUCGCUCCAUCCACAACGCUGCCCACACACAGGGCGGUCCCCACGCAGCUACAAUCCUGAGCAGACCCCGGUCUGUUUAGCUCAGAAAUUGCUCUUGGCACAAUCCCCAAGGAACCUUACUUUCAGAAAAAACUUGUAAAAACUUAGCCAGAGCUAUCCUAGGGCUGACUGUCCCUCUCUCUAAAAUGCUCAUUGUGCCCAGGCUGGGGUCUAUGACUCCAGUCCGCUAGACGGCCAGAAAGGAAUUCAUCAUCUUGGGAGAGCCCCUCUGCAGCUGGCAAGGCACAUUCCCUAACUGUGGUUACAGGACAGACAGGCCACCCUGCAGCCCCCACGCCUGGCUUGCUGGGACUUGUGAUGGUCAAAGCUCUAAUAAAUUACA